AACUUCAACAAGGCCGUGAAACAAAUCGAUAGCGAUAACUUUGUUGAAAGCUCGUUGUUUUUCUUUCUCUUUAUUAGCAAAAAUAGAAAAUAUAGGAAAGGAUUAUUCGGGAUUUUGUGCCCGCCAUCAAGUGACCUGAUAAACCAUUGAAAUUGUAGCAAAGUUGUCUAUUUAGUUUAUUCUAUGAGCUCUAAGGAAGAAAAUUCGAGAUCGGGUGGCGACGAAACUCCAAGUUCCUCUGGUGUUACGUCGUCAUAUGGAAGCCAAUCUUCAAGUAAAUCAGUGGCCUUCACUGAAGAAUCUGACACUAUGAAACGAGCAGCAGCCAAAAAGCUUAUUGAAAGAUAUUUCUAUCAAUUACUUGAUGGGUGUGGAAAUGCCAACUGUGAUAAUGUACACUGUGCAUCCAGUGGAAAGUCAAAGGCAUUGACCCCAAAUCAAGCUGCCGCCCAAGCUAUACAACUAUUUUCCCAAGAAGCUCGGCUUUGCGAUGCCCAGCCUUCCAAAGUGGCCCGAACAUCUGACAGUGAUGCAGUUGAUGGCCAAGUCAGAUCAACGACUGAAGACGCAUCUCAGUGCUCCAGCACUUCUCAUAGCACGCCAUCAGCCACACCGGGUCACUCAGGGGUGCCCAAGUUUGAAGUUUCAUCACUACAUGAAGACAAACCUGUGCCAUACAUAACUGAAGAAAAGCUAUUAAAAAUUUUGGAAACCUGCAAGAAAGAGAGCUCAUACUCACUUCUAAUCAGAACUUUAGGAGAAGUAUUUUCCAAUGCAGACUCCCUUUUUCAUAGCUUUGUCAAGCGGAUCCCUGAAUCUCCUUUGGAGGCACUUUUGGACAAGGCUCCUCCGGGUGAUCUUCGCCUUUUAAAGAAGGAAGAUGUUCGAACAUUGGAAGGUGAUCAAGAUAAGGAUGAAGACUGUCAAGAAGAGGCAAUGCGAGCUCAAACAGCUAUGGCACUAGGUCACUGUUCAAGACCAAUGGGUGCAGAUAUUGGAGUAUGGGACACCUAUGUAGAUCUGCCAGCUUUGAGAAGAGCAUAUGCGGCUUUAUUUGAUCAAGUUCCUGGAUCUAUUUUAGAAAGUGUUCUUGUUCUCGCUCUCACGACAUUGGCUGCCAGCAUGGAAAUCUCACGUCAGUUUGCACCAGCUAGUAUGUGUGAGGGUGCUAGACUCCACUGUUUUGUCAUUGUUUUGGAGCUGCCUGUCUUGGGAACCUCUGAGUAUCUUGAAGUUGCUCUUCCAGCUAUUUGUAAAGAAGUGGUCAAAAUGCCUGUGUACACCCAAGGUAGACUAGCUCGUAUCUGGGCAAAACAUUGCAAAGGACGCCUGAAAGAACUUUUGGUUUCACUUCAACAGCUUAUUACGCUGAAAGUAAUCUCAAGUACUUUCUCCCGUGAUCACUCUGUUCAAGAUGAGGAGACUAUUGUUGCACCUACAAAACUUAUGAAGAUCUUGUAUUAUGCUAGUAUUUUGGCUGGAGAACUGGAUCCUCCUGAAUUGAGGAAUGAGGACCCUGCAAUAUUAACAGAUGACCCUCUUUUAGGGGUUGGUUAUUCUGGAAGUAAAACUUCACCCUUAACUCAGUAUGAAGACCCACUUGCUAAGGAAUUGCAGAUAAAUGUACUGGAUAGCAGGAAGCCUUUUAUACCAUUUACUGACUUUUACAAUGAGCCACUCAGUGAGGCAGUGGAAAUGGACAAGGAUUUUGCUCAUUUUAAGAGUGAAAGUGAUGGCUUUCAUCCAUCUCACACCCACUGUCCAGGAGCUAAAUUCAGUUUCAUGUGGUACUCUUUUAUUUUAACUCCAGCAACUAAAACUCUGGGCUUGUAUUAUGAUAAUAGGAUCAGAAUGUACAGUGAAAGAAGAAUGAGUAUUUACCACUCUUUCACUGGUCAGCCGGUUAAUCCAUUUCUGAGGCUGAAAGUCAGACGAGAUCACAUUAUCGAUGAUGCUCUGGUCGAACUUGAAAUGGUGGCUAUGGAAAAUCCCAAAGAUCUUAAAAAGCAGCUUGUCGUUGAGUUUGAAGGGGAACAAGGUAUCGAUGAGGGUGGUGUUUCCAAAGAAUUCUUCCAGCUGAUUGUUGAGGAGAUUUUCAAUCCUGACUAUGGAAUGUUUACAUUUAACCAAGAAACCCAAACGGUUUGGUUUAAUCCAACAUCAUUUGAAAGUGAUGCGCAGUUCUCCCUCAUUGGUGUUGUUCUUGGUUUAGCUAUCUAUAAUAAUGUGAUACUAGAUGUUCACUUUCCUAUGGUAGUGUACAAAAAACUUAUGGGGAAAAAAUCUACUUUUUAUGACUUAGAAGACUGGAAUAAUACCCUGUACAAAGGAUUAAAUGAGUUGUUGGAGUAUGAAGGGGAUGAUAUGGAGGAAACAUUUUCACAGACUUUUAGAGUGUGUUAUCAAGAUGUUUUUGGUUCAGUAUUGCAUCAUGACCUUAAGGAAGGUGGUGAACAUAUCUCAGUUAACAAACAAAACAGGCGGGAGUUUGUUGAUCUGUAUGCUGACUUCUUACUUAACAAGUCUGUUGAGAAACAGUUCAGAGCUUUCCGAAGGGGUUUCCAUAUGGUGACCGAUGAAUCGCCCUUACAUUUGCUGUUUAGGCCUGAAGAGAUAGAACAGCUUGUGUGUGGCAGCAAGAACUUCGACUUUAAUGAACUUGAGGAAGCAACUGAAUAUGAUGGUGGUUACACAGCCUCAUCUCCAGUCAUACAACAAUUUUGGGAAAUUGUGCACAGAAUGCCGCUGGAAAGCAAAAGAAAGUUGCUGCAGUUCACUACUGGUAGUGACAGAGUUCCUGUUGGUGGUCUGUCCAAGUUAAAAUUGAUCAUAUCAAGAAAUGGACCCGAUUCAGAUAGGUUACCUACUGCACACACAUGUUUCAAUGUCUUACUUUUGCCGGAGUAUGAAAGCAAAGAGAAGCUGAUUGACCGAUUAGAAAAGGCCAUAAACUAUUCCAAAGGCUUUGGCAUGUUGUGAUAAACUGUAGAAUUGUGCUGACUGCUGUUAACUAAGCCUCUUUGGCAUCUUAAAGUGUGAUAAAACAUCAGGAAAUGUCCCGGUCUAGGACUGAAUUAUUCUAUUGGUACUUUCCUGUGUCAUGAGCUUGUGAAUAUUUGUGCUCUGUGUUCAUGGUGACUUGUUCACAAUGGUGAUUUGAUUGCUAUAUAUAUCGAGUUUUUAUGCACUUUUUGGAGUGCCAUUUUGUGGUAUAUUAGUAAUUUAUUUUACCUGCCAUUAACCAUACCAAAUUAUGUAGACUCUUGGGGCAUUUUUCUUGUGUUCUUGAAAUGCUGUGUCCUGCUUCCUCCUGUUUCCCUAUGUCCCAUUUACUUAAAGACUUUUGGUGUCAUAAUGAAUUACAGCUCUUAACCUGAAUUGAAGGAUGCGUAGAAAAAUCAUCAACCCAUGGGCUCCAAGAAUCCGGGACUAUUUUCUGUAUAUUUAUGUGGCUACCUGCCUUAGGUGACAACUACUUUCCUGAUUUUUGUAAAGUGAUGGCAUUGCGAUUUCAGUUGUGUUUUUUUAAACAGCCUAGCAUCUUUCUUCUCUACUGCUUGGAAACAGAAAUAUUGCAUGAAGACUGUAUACGUGUUUCACCCUCAUGUGCUAUUUGUAAAGUUGAAAAUUUUCUAGUUUACAAAUUUGUUUGUAAAUCUUGUGAUAUUUACUUCGCAGACUAUCAUCAUUUAUAUUUUGCUCAACCUUUCAUGAUUUUGCAUUAUCAUUGCCACAGAUUAAUGUUUCAUCGAUUUGAAAUUUAUUUAUUUUCUUGGGAGUGAAUGUUGGUGCUCCCAACAAAACAGCCUAAUAUUUAGACCUCCCUCCUCAUUCUACUCAACUGCUUUUUUUCUUCUUUUUAUAACUUUAUAUUCUAAUAUUUAAAUAUUCUUUGAAAUUUGGCACUCUUCUAUCAUAUUUUGAUACUUGAAUUUUCUUUGUGCAUUUUGUGUUUUUGCCUUUGCAUUGAGUGCCAACCUAGUAGCAGUGUUGAUUUCUGGAGUUUCUUUGAAACUGAUCAUUUAUUUGGAUGCCUUGUCAUGCAGGAAGUGAUCAUGUGUUGAACCUUUGUUCUAUACCUCUUCCUUCAACGCCCUGUCUAGCACUUGUUGUUUCAACUACGUGUUAUAGGACGACCAAGAGCCCUCCUAUUUUUAAUUUUGCAUCUGUUUGAAGUAAAACCAAAGUAGUCUGUAGGCACAAUGCACACUUAUUGUUUCUUGUAAAUCGACAUGUACUCUGUUUGGCACUGCUCUAACCAACCGUCCCUCACACAUUUUAGAUAACUAGUGUUUCUGUUCUAUAGUCGCUUUUGCCAUGUUUACAAUAAUAUGACUUACAGCAUGCAUGGGCUAUGUGUAACAUGAUGUAGAGGUGCGUUAAGUCUGUAACAUAAAUGUUGUAUUUAUAGCAAGUUUCACUAGUUACUCCUUUCAUUACUUCCUGACCUCUUUUUUUCGUAAAAAAAAUAUCUUGUUUUGUAAUAUUAUUAUUGUUUUGUGAAAAAUCAAAGAUUUUAUGUGGUUUUCAUGCUUGUUAAUCAAAUUAUUCUGGUUUUCCCCACUGUAUUUGUAGGAGGAAGGCUUCUUUUACUUUGUUUGUUGUCUGUGUCCUGUUGAAAUGAAUGUGAAGGAGCAAAGGUUAGCAUUCAGGCUUUUACAGAUAUUUAUCUUGAUUGCUGUAAGAAUUUAUCAGCUUUUAUUUUCCUUCACAGUUGUUAGCAUGCACUUGCAGUUAUUAUUUUCAAAAAUGACUUUUUUUAAAGAUCACAAACUGAUGAAUUUUUUCCUUAACUCGAAGGCCAAUUAAUUUAAAACUGAGUUUUUGUACCACUGUGAGGUAUUGUACAAAGGCUGAAAUAUAUAAGAGAACAUCACAAAA